UCUAUAAAACAUCGACAGUUAACAGAGGUCUUCGGAAUCGGAACAGCGUCGGUGGAAAAUUUAGCUAGAUGCUUGAGUUAAAGGAUUCAUCGGUUUUUUAAAUUAAAUUGAUCUUUUUAUAGUCCACAUGGUUGCAGCGAAAUGGUGGCUGCCAAAUUUCUUUUAGUUGGUGCAGUUUUGGUCGCAAUCGUUGUUGCAAUUUCAGUGAUAUCUCUUGUUGCUGAGUUCGGAUACAAGGAUGAGCCUACUGCGACUGCUGGGGGCUCGAUUGAUGGAUCAGAAACGGACUCAUUUUUCGAAGUCAUUAAAAAAGUUUCUCGGAGAUCACUCAUGAAUAUAUGGUCAAAGCCGCCAGUGGAAAAAAAAAUGUGCGCGAGUCUUGUCAGAGAAAAAGAAGUCAGGAUGCUCAAAGACAAGGUUGCUCGCCAACAUCGGCUCAUCGAAAAUUUGACCACGGAGCGUCUGAAACUUCAAAAAUACAUCGAAGAUUGCGAUAUGAAAAAUAGUCAUAAACUCCAACGGUGUGAUGAGCUCGAAAAACUGAACGAAAAAAUCAAUCAAAGUUUGACUGAGUGCAUCGGUGAAACUAGAGCCCACAGAGAUUCAAUUCACAAUCAAACCCGGGAUUUUGGCAUUCUGAAUAAUACCUUAAAUGAACAAAAAAUUCAAUGCGAUAAAGACAAAAGAGAGCUUCAGGCAACCAUAAACGAUACCAAUGGGAAUCUUACAGAGUGCACCAGUCAAACUAACUCUCAGAAGGAUUCAAUUCGCAACCUUGAUAGAAAAAUUAAGAACCUCGAUAGGAAUCUUACGAAGUGCAUCGAUGAAACUAGAGCCAACGGAGAUUUAAUUCACAAUCAAACCCGGGAUUAUCGCAUUCUGAAUAAUAACUUAAUUCAAUGCGAUAAAGACAAAAGAGAGCUCCAGGCAACCAUAAACGAUACCCAUGGGAAUCUUACAGAGUGCACCAGUCAAACUAACUCUCAGAAGGAUUCAAUUCGCAACCUUGAUAGAAAAAUUAAGAACCUCGAUAGGAAUCUUACGAAGUGCAUCGAUGAAACUAGAGCCAACGGAGAUUUAAUUCACAAUCAAACCCGGGAUUAUCGCAUUCUGAAUAAUAACUUAAUUCAAUGCGAUAAAGACAAAAGAGAGCUCCAGGCAACCAUAAACGAUACCAAUGGGAAUCUUACAGAGUGCACCAGUCAAACUAACUCUCUGAAGGAUUCAAUUCGCAAUCAAACCCAGGAUUAUCGCAUUCUGAAUAUUACCUUAAUUCAAUGCGAUAAAGACAAAAGAGAGCUCCAGGCAACCAUAAACGAUACCAAUGGGAAUCUUACAGAGUGCACCAGUCAAACUAACUCUCUGAAGGAUUCAAUUCGCAAUCAAACCCAGGAUUAUCGCAUUCUGAAUAUUACCUUAAUUCAAUGCGAUAAAGACAAAAGAGAGCUCCAGGCAACCAUAAACGAUACCAAUGGGAAUCUUACAGAGUGCACCAGUCAAACUAACUCUCUGAAGGAUUCAAUUCACAAUCAAACCCGGGAUUAUCGCAUUCUGAAUAAUAACUUAAUUCAAUGCGAUAAAGACAAAAGAGAGCUCCAGGCAACCAUAAACGAUACCAAUGGGAAUCUUACAGAGUGCACCAGUCAAACUAACUCUUUGAAGGAUUCAAUUCGCAACCUUGAUAGAAAAAUUAAGAACCUCGAUAGGAAUCUUACGAAGUGCAUCGAUGAAACUAGAGCCAACGGAGAUUUAAUUCACAAUCAAACCCGGGAUUAUCGCAUUCUGUAUAAUAACUUAAUUCAAUGCGAUAAGGACAAAAGAGAGCUCCAGGCAACCAUAAACGAUACCAAUGGGAAUCUUACAGAGUGCACCAGUCAAACUAACUCUCUGAAGGAUUCAAUUCGCAAUCAAACCCGGGAUUAUCGCAUUCUGAAUAAUAACUUAAUUCAAUGCGAUAAAGACAAAAGAGAGCUCCAGGCAACCAUAAACGAUACCAAUGGGAAUCUUACAGAGUGCACCAGUCAAACUAACUCUCUGAAGGAUUCAAUUCGCAAUCAAACCCAGGAUUAUCGCAUUCUGAAUAUUACCUUAAUUCAAUGCGAUAAAGACAAAAGAGAGCUCCAGGCAACCAUAAACGAUACCAAUGGGAAUCUUACAGAGUGCACCAGUCAAACUAACUCUCUGAAGGAUUCAAUUCGCAAUCAAACCCAGGAUUAUCGCAUUCUGAAUAUUACCUUAAUUCAAUGCGAUAAAGACAAAAGAGAGCUCCAGGCAACCAUAAACGAUACCAAUGGGAAUCUUACAGAGUGCACCAGUCAAACUAACUCUCUGAAGGAUUCAAUUCACAAUCAAACCCGGGAUUAUCGCAUUCUGAAUAAUAACUUAAUUCAAUGCGAUAAAGACAAAAGAGAGCUCCAGGCAACCAUAAACGAUACCAAUGGGAAUCUUACAGAGUGCACCAGUCAAACUAACUCUUUGAAGGAUUCAAUUCGCAACCUUGAUAGAAAAAUUAAGAACCUCGAUAGGAAUCUUACGAAGUGCAUCGAUGAAACUAGAGCCAACGGAGAUUUAAUUCACAAUCAAACCCGGGAUUAUCGCAUUCUGUAUAAUAACUUAAUUCAAUGCGAUAAGGACAAAAGAGAGCUCCAGGCAACCAUAAACGAUACCAAUGGGAAUCUUACAGAGUGCACCAGUCAAACUAACUCUCUGAAGGAUUCAAUUCGCAAUCAAACCCGGGAUUAUCGCAUUCUGAAUAAUAACUUAAUUCAAUGCGAUAAUGACAAAAGAGAGCUCCAGGCAACCAUAAACGAUACCAAUGGGAAUCUUACAGAGUGCACCAGUCAAACUAACUCUCUGAAGGAUUCAAUUCGCAAUCAAACCCAGGAUUAUCGCAUUCUGAAUAUUACCUUAAUUCAAUGCGAUAAAGACAAAAGAGAGCUCCAGGCAACCAUAAACGAUACCAAUGGGAAUCUUACAGAGUGCACCAGUCAAACUAACUCUCUGAAGGAUUCAAUUCGCAAUCAAACCCAGGAUUAUCGCAUUCUGAAUAUUACCUUAAUUCAAUGCGAUAAAGACAAAAGAGAGCUCCAGGCAACCAUAAACGAUACCAAUGGGAAUCUUACAGAGUGCACCAGUCAAACUAACUCUCUGAAGGAUUCAAUUCACAAUCAAACCCGGGAUUAUCGCAUUCUGAAUAAUAACUUAAUUCAAUGCGAUAAAGACAAAAGAGAGCUCCAGGCAACCAUAAACGAUACCAAUGGGAAUCUUACAGAGUGCACCAGUCAAACUAACUCUUUGAAGGAUUCAAUUCGCAACCUUGAUAGAAAAAUUAAGAACCUCGAUAGGAAUCUUACGAAGUGCAUCGAUGAAACUAGAGCCAACGGAGAUUUAAUUCACAAUCAAACCCGGGAUUAUCGCAUUCUGUAUAAUAACUUAAUUCAAUGCGAUAAGGACAAAAGAGAGCUCCAGGCAACCAUAAACGAUACCAAUGGGAAUCUUACAGAGUGCACCAGUCAAACUAACUCUCUGAAGGAUUCAAUUCGCAAUCAAACCCGGGAUUAUCGCAUUCUGAAUAAUAACUUAAUUCAAUGCGAUAAAGACAAAAGAGAGCUCCAGGCAACCAUAAACGAUACCAAUGGGAAUCUUACAGAGUGCACCAGUCAAACUAACUCUCUGAAGGAUUCAAUUCGCAAUCAAACCCAGGAUUAUCGCAUUCUGAAUAUUACCUUAAUUCAAUGCGAUAAAGACAAAAGAGAGCUCCAGGCAACCAUAAACGAUACCAAUGGGAAUCUUACAGAGUGCACCAGUCAAACUAACUCUCUGAAGGAUUCAAUUCACAAUCAAACCCGGGAUUAUCGCAUUCUGAAUAAUAACUUAAUUCAAUGCGAUAAAGACAAAAGAGAGCUCCAGGCAACUAUAAACGAUACCAAUGGGAAUCUUACAGAGUGCACCAGUCAAACUAACUCUCAGAAGGAUUCAAUUCGCAACCUUGAUAGAAAAAUUAAGAACCUCGAUAGGAAUCUUACGAAGUGCAUCGAUGAAACUAGAGCCAACGGAGAUUUAAUUAACAAUCAAACACGGGAUUAUCGCAUUCUGAAUAAUAACUUAAUUCAAUGCGAUAAAGACAAAAGAGAGCUCCAGGCAACCAUAAACGAUACCAAUGGGAAUCUUACAGAGUGCACCAGUCAAACUAACUCUUUGAAGGAUUCAAGUCGCAACCUUGAUAGAAAAAUUAAGAACCUCGAUAGGAAUCUUACGAAGUGCAUCGAUGAAACUAGAGCCAACGGAGAUUUAAUUCACAAUCAAACCCGGGAUUAUCGCAUUCUGAAUAAUAACUUAAUUCAAUGCGAUAAAGACAAAAGAGAGCUCCAGGCAACCAUAAACGAUACCAAUGGGAAUCUUACAGAGUGCACCAGUCAAACUAACUCUCUGAAGGAUUCAAUUCGCAAUCAAACCCAGGAUUAUCGCAUUCUGAAUAUUACCUUAAUUCAAUGCGAUAAAGACAAAAGAGAGCUCCAGGCAACCAUAAACGAUACCAAUGGGAAUCUUACAGAGUGCACCAGUCAAACUAACUCUCUGAAGGAUUCAAUUCGCAAUCAAACCCAGGAUUAUCGCAUUCUGAAUAUUACCUUAAUUCAAUGCGAUAAAGACAAAAGAGAGCUCCAGGCAACCAUAAACGAUACCAAUGGGAAUCUUACAGAGUGCACCAGUCAAACUAACUCUCUGAAGGAUUCAAUUCACAAUCAAACCCGGGAUUAUCGCAUUCUGAAUAAUAACUUAAUUCAAUGCGAUAAAGACAAAAGAGAGCUCCAGGCAACCAUAAACGAUACCAAUGGGAAUCUUACAGAGUGCACCAGUCAAACUAACUCUUUGAAGGAUUCAAUUCGCAACCUUGAUAGAAAAAUUAAGAACCUCGAUAGGAAUCUUACGAAGUGCAUCGAUGAAACUAGAGCCAACGGAGAUUUAAUUCACAAUCAAACCCGGGAUUAUCGCAUUCUGUAUAAUAACUUAAUUCAAUGCGAUAAGGACAAAAGAGAGCUCCAGGCAACCAUAAACGAUACCAAUGGGAAUCUUACAGAGUGCACCAGUCAAACUAACUCUCUGAAGGAUUCAAUUCGCAAUCAAACCCGGGAUUAUCGCAUUCUGAAUAAUAACUUAAUUCAAUGCGAUAAAGACAAAAGAGAGCUCCAGGCAACCAUAAACGAUACCAAUGGGAAUCUUACAGAGUGCACCAGUCAAACUAACUCUCUGAAGGAUUCAAUUCGCAAUCAAACCCAGGAUUAUCGCAUUCUGAAUAUUACCUUAAUUCAAUGCGAUAAAGACAAAAGAGAGCUCCAGGCAACCAUAAACGAUACCAAUGGGAAUCUUACAGAGUGCACCAAUCAAACUAACUCUCAGAAGGAUUCAAUUCACAACCUCACUAGAACGAUUGCGGACAUGGAUAGUAAAAUUGAGUCUCUGAGGAAAUCAAUCGACACGUAUAUCACCGAGAAUAACAAAACGAGCGCGAACUUAGUUAAAUGCAAUGAUUCCAAAAUCAAAUGCAAACAUGCCGCAAAACAGCUCUCAGAAACAAUUAUUGAAUUUAAACGGAAUCAAACUGAGCGCGUAGUCGGUAAUGGCACUCUUACCCUGAAUUAUUGCAUCGAUAAGGUUCCUGAUCGGAGUGUAUUUCCCCACCUCACCAAAAAGAUUACCAACCUGAUCACAGAAGUUACAUACUGGAAGGAGCACAAGAACAGUUGUGACCAGAUAAUCGAAAAGUGUCAGAAUUUUACGAUAUCUAGUUGUUAGAUGGUUGAGUGGAAUAUGAACACGGAAAAUGUUUAUAAAAAUUCCAAAAGGGCUACCUCGCCGCUAGUAAUAUGUGUAGGAUAAAUGCCCGGAUUGAAUAGCCGACGCUCUGGCCACAACGAUGAAAACCUGCAUUGAUACCAAAAUUGAAAUCUCCAGACAAGCAUUACUCUUUUACGAGCAGUCACAUAACGAAGUUACAGCGAGGAAAUCCAAAACUCUAAACGGACCAUAUUAGAAGUGCAAGGAUCUCGCGGAUCUCCGGUUAAUACAGGCAAACCUACCAUUACAAGCAAUGAAGAUUUGCACUCUGAGAAAUACCUAUCGGAAACUCUAUAUGAAUCGCGCAGCGUAUCUGAGAGAACUCCAAAAUAAAUGUCAUUUUGCUCGAUAAAGUCUAACACCCGUGGUUCUCACAAGUGAAUUCGUAUAACUGAAUUUUAAUAAUCACAAUUAAUCACAAUUAAUUGGGUAGAUUCAGGUGAUAACUCGCUAAAUUCAAGUGUAAUCGUAAUUAGCUUUUAGAUAAUAAAAAUUCUCUAAUGACAUAACUAGCAGAAAUUGAUUAAGAUUUUAGAUUUUAACUAAUGCAAUCACUGAGGCAUAAUUCAGGCAAGAUUUAGUAUUUAUUGUGGUUUUGAUAAGGCGGUAAUUGUUUUUCGAUCGAGGAAAUGUCACAAGAUAUUCAGUGGGUAGGGUACCAUUUGCACUAAAAAUAAAAAAACGUUUCAAUGUCAUAAAUUGGCAAAUUCACGUAUACACGGCAGGUGCGUGCGACAGGGCUCACGUCUGUCUGCAUGCUUUUCUUUUGCAUUCUGGAUUUUCUUUUAAUACUUGGCGCCAAGCCGCUACUGCGUCUCCGACAUCUCCGCAGAUAGUCGGAAAAGGCACCAGCUAUGGCAGCUGUGUUUACAAAGAAUAAACGGUGAACACUGAUGCCACAGUAUUCGAGCUGCAAAAGGUUUAAUAAUUGAACACACUCACAAAUUUUAUGUUUACCCUAUUUAUUUUGACUAAUAAUAAUUUAAUAUUUCUUACAAAAGCGGAGAUACUUUAACUGAUAACUGUUUUUAACGACCUUUCAUGUUGUUGUAAUGAAAAAUAUUUAAUAUUCAUGACGAUUAUGGGCAUACGAGAAGAGAAGGCCCAAUAAAUUUGAAAAUAGGUUAAGGUAGAUCAUGCCCAUAGAAUCGUAUUUUAUGGGUGUCUAAAUUGGUUCGAUUUUUACUUUUUAAUUAAAAAUAUUAUCGUUCUAAACUAAUGUUAGAGUUAUUUCUUCAAAAUUUGAAAUACAUUUUUUCAUCUUACUUUUUAGCGAAUGGAAUUAUAAGCCAUUUAUUGAACCGGGAUCCAUCACUGAUUGAACCCAAAAUUUCAUUCGUCCCUGGCUAAAAUACUAUAGUUUUUUAUGUAAAAAACAUCUUCUAUCGAUAGAUGCAUAUUUCGGAAGAAACGUACUUUCGACCGGCUAUGAAGAAAGAAAAAUAGCAUACACCACACGGGCAGAAGUUUGAUAGCCCUGAACUGCGCGUCAAACUUUCUGAUACUAAUAUUGAUCAAUGCAAUAAUAUAGAAUGUUUCCAUCAAUUUUGUUUAAAAAAUGCAGUGUCUGCAUUAUUACAAACAAUUGGAAUUCAUCUGUUUGUCUCGUGGACAAUAGUUUCGUGUACAAAAAAAAUUCUGACACAUAACGCGACUUAUCGAGUGACUCAUGCGGCUCAAAAUAAAUUUUCGCUUGCUCGAUAAAUGUCGGAAUAACAACACCGUGGUGCUCGCACUCGAGUAUGGAGGAUGAAAAAUUUUAUUGACAUAAAGAUCAAAAAAUAAAAAUGUACACUAUUUGGGACGAAAACAUAUAUUGAAAUUUUGAAGUUAUUGUGGUUUCCACGUGUUUUUUUUUUUUUUUUUUUUUUUUUUAUUGUCAACGAUAUCUU